GACCAAAAGACCGGAGGUAUUUGUUUGAGGUCGACUGCUGAAUGUGGAAACGCAACCGGAUGUAGCCAAUUAACUCAUCCGGCAGCUAGCUGUGAGGCCGUUUAGCACUCUAACUAACGUCAUCUAAACAGUCAAAACCUUAAUAAUUUAAUUAUUACUUUAUAUUGUCAUUUGACAACACCAAAGAAGAGUCAUGAUUAAAGCCAUCUUGAUAUUUAACAACCACGGAAAACCGCGGCUGAUCAGAUUCUAUCAGUAUUUUGCGGAGGACAUGCAGCAGCAGAUCAUUCGGGAGACUUUUCAUUUGGUAUCUAAGAGAGACGACAACGUCUGCAACUUCUUGGAGGGUGGAAGUCUCAUUGGUGGCUCUGACUACAAGCUGAUUUACCGGCACUACGCGACCCUCUACUUUGUCUUCUGUGUGGACUCGUCUGAGAGUGAGCUCGGCAUCCUGGACCUGAUCCAGGUGUUUGUGGAAACGUUGGAUAAAUGCUUUGAAAACGUCUGUGAGCUGGACCUCAUAUUCCACAUGGACAAGGUCCAUUAUAUCUUGCAGGAGGUGGUGAUGGGAGGCAUGGUGUUGGAGACCAACAUGAAUGAGAUCGUAGCCCAGGUCGAAGUGCAGAACCGCAUGGAGAAGUCAGAGGGAGGUCUAUCGGCGGCCCCUGCUCGCGCUGUCUCUGCCGUGAAGAACAUGAACCUGCCCGAGAUUCCCCGCAACAUCAACAUCGGAGACAUCAAUAUCAAAGUGCCAAGCCUCUCCCCGUUCUGAACAGCACUCCAGCUGAGCUCUGCAGGGCUGAUGUACUACUGAUGCAGUUCCCCUCCACCCAGUUCUGUUGUUAAUACAGAGAAAACUGUUUUAUAUAUGUAUUAUGGAACCACAGCAGCUUAUUCUCUCUCUCAUUCCUAUCUUCUCACAUGAACGGGAGAUAAGCAGUGAAUUCUUUUUUGACUUCUACUAUAUACAUGUUACAGAUUGCUCCAGUUGAAGGAUUUGCACAAUAAUGUAAAGUUUGAUUCUAUAAAGCAGCAAGAGCAUAUUUA